AUGUCGCCUACCGUCUACCUGGUUUCCGGAGCUAACCGGGGCAUUGGGCUCGGUCUUGUUACAAGCCUAGUUGCUCGUCCAGAUGUCGUCGUCUUCGCGGGCUGUCGCAACCCUGCAGGAGCCUCGGACCUGACAACUCUUGCCUCCAAAUAUCCCAGCAAACUGCACAUCGUUAAACUUACUUCCUGUGAUGAAGUCGACAACAAGGCUGCGGUAGAAGAAAUCCGAAAUGUAGUCGGAAGGCUUGACGUCGUCAUAUCCAAUGCAGGUAUUGGAAACUUCUUCGGACAAGCGUUGGAGACGCCGCCCGAGAAGAUGGAUGAGCACUUCCAUGUUAACGUUACUGGAACGCUCGUGCUCUUCCAGGCUACGUAUGCUCUGCUAAAGGCUAGCACGCCUUCGCCGAAGUUUGUUUGCAUUUCCUCCAUGGGCGGGACCAUUGGAAGCGGGGCCAGGUUUCCAGGAGGUCUCCUCGCAUACGGGGCCAGCAAGUGCGCGCUCAAUUAUUUGGCUGUGAAGCUGUAUUUUGAGCAUGAGGGACUGAUCUGUUUUCCCAUACAUCCAGGAGAGCUGAAAACCGACAUGAGCAACUUUGCAAAACAGCACCCGCUGCUUGACCUUAUGGAGGCAAUGCCGGUUGAUGAAGGUGUCAAGGGGAUUUUGGACGUGAUUGAUCAUGCAACGCGUAAGCCAGAUGGACUGGGCUUUGUGAGCUAUGACGGAACCGCACUCCCAUGGUAA